GUAUGGACUAUGGACAUGGUUAGCAUGGCAGUUGUCAGUUCACGUUAGCCAUGAAGAUAAAUAUUGUCUAAUAUUUAUCUAUAAUUAUUAAACAUAGUCCAUUUUGAAUCAUAUUUCCAUGCAAUGCUAGGCAGCUAUGGGAUUCAACCAGUUACUCUGGUCUUUAACAACUUUAAAGACUGUUUUCUGCACCUGUCCCCCAACUUAGUGUCUCAGCUCUGUCUCAGAGAGAAUCAGGUGUUGGAGUUGUCCUGGGCUGAUGGUGAUCAUCCCCUGUACUUAAGCUGGAUCAGGGGCAGUAAGACAUCAUCAUCAGCAGGACAGGAGGACAGGGUUGAGCUCAGCAGGCAGUUGGGAGAGAAGCUCGGGUUGCAUGAAGGAGAACAGGGCUUCCUGAGACCAUGUGUUCAGGUGCAAUCAGUUCAACAGGUGUUUGUGGAGCCUCUGUCUUCAGAUGAUUGGGAAAUCCUGGAGCUUCAUUGCUUAGCUCUUGAACAGCAACUUUUAGACCAGAUCCGAGUGGUCUUCAGAGAUGCAGUGUUCCCUGUGUGGGUUGACCAUCACACUGUUAUCUACAUCAAGAUAGUCUCCUUGUCUCCGUCUGUCUCAUACGGCCGAUUGGAGCAGUUCACUGAGCUGGUAGUCUCACCUAAACUUCGACCUGGAGACAACCACCUUCCUCAUGUUCACUCAAAUUCCGAACCAAAGAAUCAACAUCUGCCAAGGCAGCCGAGCGCCGAACCCUCAUCUGUGACCUCAUGUACCGGAUGCGACUCCCAGUCGAGUGUCCCAGAGUCUAUUAGUCAUCGCUCAGAUUGUCCUCAAAGUCUUCAAGUUGGAAUGACUGAUCUGAGGAGUCUGUUACGAUACAUGUUUACAGGAAAACAUCAGCCGGCCAAAGAGAUUCCCGAAGUUCCUAUUAUCCCUGCUGUCUUCCAAGAUUGUGUGCUCCGGGUGUGUGGAUCCCCACCAGCAGCGAUUUCUCAUCUCGGUUCGAGUCCUAGAGACGUUCAUGUAUUCCCAUGGCACCAGUUGGAGUGUUGGAGUCCAAGCCUGCCUGUAUUAACCUACGGCAGACUUUCAAAGGUUCACUCUCCGAAAGAAGUGAGGGAGCAAGCCAAGCAAGCGAUGGAGAAGAAAAAGAGCAGAGAUACAGAAAAAGAUCAGACUGAUACAGAUAUUCAGAAAGACAGAGAAGGGUCAGUGGUGGUUAGGAUGAUUUGCCACGAUGCUGAGAAGCUGCAGCUGGAUCCGAGAUCCUGGAAAAUGGGAGAAAUUCAUAGUGGGAAGAUUUGGAUCCCAAGCAGUUUACGAGGCAGGUUGAGCGUUGAAACGAACUCUGCUGUGAAAAUACAACCUUUGCGAUGUACCCCUAAAGUAGCACUACACGUUUCUCUUCAGCCCUUACAUCCUAUGGCUGAAGGUGACAGAGAGGAAGAUGUUCAGUCUGCUUUCCUCAGUUGGCUUCAUGCUCUGAGCCAUCAGCCUUUAGCUUGUCUCACAGCACGGACUGACGUAAUCAUCCUGCCCUGCACUGAAGGCAAGUCCGAGUUCAUCUUGACUGUUCUAAAACCUGAAGCUGAGCCUGAGCAAGCAGAUGAGAUCUUUCUCUUAUCUACUGGUGCCCUGUACAAAGCAGACAUACAGAUUGUCAAGGAGCCUCUUGGGUCGAACCAAACCACAGCAUACACUGCAGAUGGGUCGCCUUGUGUUGGCUUCCCUUCCCUCAGCUCUCUUGGCGGUGUGGAGGACAUCAGUGCAUGUGCUUUUGAGCACAUCUCUCACAGUCUGUUGGGAAGUCCACUCUCGUGUGAGCUGAUAUCCUCUGGCUGUGGCCUUCGGAGUGGAGCUCUGCUUAUCACAGGAGCUAAGGGCAGCGGUAAGACUUCUCUAGCCAAGGCUCUCUGUAGGAAAGCUGUGGAAGAGCUCGAUGCCCACGUCGAGGUACUGGAUUGCAAGAAACUUAAAGGUAAACGAGCAGACACAGUGAGGCGAAGACUGGACGAGGUUUUCGAGCAAGCAGUGUGGAGACAGCCGUCUGUGGUGCUGUUGGAUGACCUGGAUCACAUGACUGGAGCAGCCACCACCCCUGAGCAGGAGCAGGGAGUGGAGGCUGUGCUGCAUCAUCACAUCACACAAAGCCUGAAGGAUUUGGUGGAUGAGGUGGUGGAACGCUCCAGUUUGGUGACUCUGCUGGUCACGGCACAGAAUGAACACACUCUUCACCCAGUGCUGACCGAAGUGCAGGGUUCGCACUUCUUUCAGAGCUUCUGUAAGAUAGACACACCCGACCAGGUCCAGAGAGCAGACAUCCUGAGAUCAAUAAUGACCAGUAAAAAUAUCAUAACCGAAGACAGCACAGGAAAUUUUGAUCUGGAGGACAUUACCAUGAAAACGGAAGGCUACCUUCCACGAGAUUUGGACCUUCUCCUGGACCGAGCCAUUCAUGCCAACGCUGUUCACAAUAGCGGCAACAGGAACACUCAAGGUGUGUGCUUGAGCAUUGUGGACUUGCAUCAGGCACUGCAGGGUUUCACACCUCCCUCUCUGUGGGGGAUGCAGCUGCAGGUGCCCAGCGUCGCAGGAAUGGAGCAGGUGGGCGGACUUCAUCAGGCACGCCAGCUUCUUAUGGACACCAUACUACUGCCUGCCAAGUACCCACUGCUCUUCUCCAGUCUGCCAAUUCGCCAUCGCUCUGGUGUGCUGCUUUAUGGAGCUCCUGGCACAGGGAAAACACUACUGGCUGGAGCUGUUGCCAAAGAGAGUGGCAUGAAUUUUAUCAGCAUUAAGGGUCCGGAGCUGCUGAGCAAGUACAUUGGUGCUAGUGAGCAGGCAGUAAGGGAUGUGUUUCAGAGAGCACAAGCAGCUAAGCCCUGUAUCCUGUUUUUUGACGAGUUUGAUUCCCUGGCACCACGGAGAGGACACGACAGCACAGGGGUCACUGACCGAGUGGUUAACCAGCUGCUCACACAGCUGGAUGGAGUAGAGGGGCUGCAGGGAGUGUACAUGCUGGCAGCCACCAGUCGUCCUGAUCUGAUCGACCCUGCUCUGCUGAGGCCCGGGAGGCUAGACAAGACCCUGUACUGCCCUCCUCCAGACCGGGAAGCCAGACUGGAGAUCCUGAAGGCUCUGACUCACGCUGUUCCCCUUGCUGCAGAUGUGGACUUGGAAGAGAUCGCUGUAGUCACCGAGUUAUAUACAGGAGCUGAUCUGAAAGGCCUGUUAUACAACGCACAGCUGGAGGCCAUUCACAGCAGUCUGGGAGCAAGCGUGCUGGCUGAAAUGGUCAGUUUUUCCUACACUGGUGUGCAGGAGCUGGGCUCAGGAUCCGACAGCGAGGUCAGCGUAUCGUCGCUGAUCUUCCUGAACCACAGCAGCGGCUCGGACGACUCUGCAGGAGAGGCUGAGGCUGGCCUGGAGACUUCCGCGGCAGCCCUGGAGCACACCGAGAUUCCUACUGAAGACUUAAACCGCAACAUCUGGCGGCUCUAUUUUGGAAGCUCGUUUGAAUUGGAGCUUGGCCACAACUCACCCCCUGAGCUGAAUUCACAGUGCUUAUCAGUCCCUAACUCCACCACGCAUGAGCUGACCGGUGCAUCGGCGAGAGACGUUACUUUCCUCCGAGGCCCACUGCUUAUGUCCUCUGUGCAGCAGGGCUUCCAGGACCUGAACUCUGAACAAUCUGAGCGCCUGAGAGCCGAUCUCAACACCAUCAAAAGCAGCUAUCACAGGAACAUCGAGGACACCAGUGUGGAACAGACAGGACCUGUUAAACCUGUGGUCCUGAUAUGUCAGUCUCACCUCAUGUCAGCACUGGCUAACACUAGAGCCUCUAUCAGUAGACAGGACUGGAGGAGGUAUUCUGAGCUCUACGAGUCAUUUGGAGCUUCACGAGAAGGCAAGUCUCAAAACGCUGUGCUGUUUACACCAGGCCAACGAGUAACUCUGGCCUAACGAGGACCAUUCCCACACACACACACAAACUCUUUAGUUACUACUUAACAAAGGCAGAUAAAUGUUUAACUUUGACUUACUUGGAAAAACAUCACGGCCACAUCACGUAUUAUACGUUCGGUUAACAUUUUGACAUCUGAGUCACGUGUAAAUGGGUCUUUUAGGUUAGAAGAUUGGAUUGUCCUUGAUGUGAGCUAACCAGAAAGCUUAAUAACUGUAAUAUAUUUCAGAAAUGUUUGUGUUUUGAUUGAUGUGAAUAUAAUCAAGGAACUGAUGUGUGACCAUUGAUUCCUUCACUUAAUUAAAUAAAUAUUGAUUGACUUUUUAAAAAAAUAA